GGGGCCGUCGCCACGACUUUUCUGCGAGCGCUUCACCGUUGAGCGUCCUGUAUCGCCUCAAUAAUUUGCUGAGCGUUUGGGCAUCGUGAGGAGUCUAUCGCUUCGUUAUUCUGGAGCGACGCGCCUGAUCCGACCACCGAAAAACUCACGGGGCGCAUGUACUCGCAUGUACUCGCUCCUUCCGUCUACUCGAAACGAUAAUCGCAGAAUCUUCGAAGAAAGCCUCGAACCGAGAACAUUUCUCAUAUUUCACCUGCAAUAUAUGCUAUAUACUACUAUACGUAUAUACAAACGGUCCCCGAAAGACCGAACUUUGCCUGUCUCGAUGUUUAUUGAAGCACUUUGCGCUGGAAGAAUCAAUCGCUGGUGUCCUAACCUCCUCCAAAUAUUCAAUAAAGGCUCAGGCGAUCGCCAGAGACUGUAUUGAGCGAGCUAGUGCAAAGGCUGCUCGUUAGUGCUUUGUUACUGCAUUGAGCGUUGCUAUUGUUCGCCUAUCGAAUUCUAUUGUCGGUGGGGAGAUUCUUAUUGUCGCUAGAUAGCUCCAUUGGCGACUGGCAUUUUCAUUGUUGGUUAAAGAUCAAGAGGAUAAAGAUCACGAGCAAUAAUAUGAACUAAAGAGUUUCUCAAAUUCCAACAAAAACAAGACGAUUUUGAACCACAACAAAAUCCUUCCCCCAAAAAUACAUUGCCAUGGCUACAGUAGCCAUUCAGCAGCCCACCCUUCCUCGGUCCCCAAUGAUCCGAAAGCGGACCUUUUCGUCGUCCAGCGACGGGAUGCACUACGGGCCAAGAGUAAGCAAACAACCCAAAACUGCCCGCCGGCAAUCCAGCCCGCAGCGCAGCCCGCAACGCAAACGGAUGCAGCCGGUCCCUGAAGAGAAGAAGAAGCUCGACUCUGCCUUUGUGGGAGGUGCAAAGGUGGACUUGGCAUAUGGCUUCGUUCCACCAACUGCCAGUUACCAUGAUCAACACUCAGCGGCGAAGGAAGCUCAAGCUGGGCUUGAGAAGAAAUGUGCCGAGCGGCAGGCAAUGGCGGCGACAGUGUCCGACGAGUGGAUGGAAAGGAUCUCUAUGAAGCAGCCUGGGCUCGAUAACAUCAAGAUGUCCAGAUGUUAUCGCCACAGCUUGCUGCAGGCCCUGCUACAUAUCCCGAAGCUUGUGAAUUGGCUAUUGGGGUUUCACAAACUCGGCGAAUGCUGCAGUCAGCGCCCAGCGGUUUGCCUCGCGUGCAAGUUGAGAGAUCUUGCUACCAUUUAUUGGGCCCAAAGCUCUUCACGCCAAGAGAUCUAUACGCUCCUAAAGGACAUAGAUCGCACUCUGGCUAUUCGCGGCUGGGCAACAGACAACCCGGAGGAAUAUGGUGACCCCGAUGACCAGUUUACGGCAAUGCUCGAGAUGAUGUCGGAGGACAUGGGGGCGAUGGGCCACACUAGGUUCCAAGCCAUCCAUAGUACUCUGCUCACCUCUAGUAUCCGUUGUUCCUCGUGUGGUCAUACCACCAAUCCUCACCAUUCCGCCGAACGGACUCUCUCGGUGCCUCUCGAAUCCGCCCUCAGUGGGUCUAGCCUCGAGGUCUUUGUUGCCGCUUUCCUUCGCGACAAGAUCUCAGGCUACAGAUGCGAGGGAUGCCAGAAGUCCGUCAACGUGACCCGAGAUGUCAAAAUCGCAUCGCCAGCAGACGUGAUCUCGGUUCAGCUCAAGAGGGCGGGAUGGAAUGGGACUGUCAAGACCAAGGUUGGGAUCACGCGGGUGCUCGACCUGACGAAGCACGCCGUGGAUGGCUCUACCCAACUCCGAUACGAGCUGGUCUCGACGGUGUCUCAUCAGGGGAAUAGCCGGUUCGGGCACUAUAUCGCCCACGCUGUUGGUCCUGAUGGGAAGUGGACGGAGUUUAACGACGAGUGUACCCGCAAAGUGAGUUCGAAGGCUGUGCUUAUGCCGGCAGGCUUCAAACCCGUUUUAUUAUACUACAAGCGGGUGUAGGAUUUUGAACUCGUUCAGUUUUGAUGAUGGCCGGCGUUCUGUUUACGGUGUUUAGGGGUGGCUUGGUUGUUUGAUAGAUUAUGGUGGUUUUGUUUUGGGCCUUUCGAUGGAAUCGGCCAUUCAUGUACAUAUGGGAGACGCUAUUAGGAAGCGCGGUCUGUGGAGGCAUAGCGACGGAGUUUCAUCGAGUUACGAAUAUCAAAAUCGAGGCCUAGUCAACGUACCUGGCCCAUCUGAUAG